AGGAGCUACCACAACAGGUGAUUCCCUUCGCCAAGUCUGGGUCUAGACUUGGCCCCCGCGAGUUCACGUCCCUGCCUAAUCCGCCUGGAGUCCGGGUGAUGGCCCUGGAUCCGCUCCCGGCCCCACGCUCCACAGAGCCGGGAAGGAAGCUCGCGUUUGUUUUGCUGGCGCCAGGGACACGGUCCAGGCCCCGCCCCGCCCCGCGCUAAUCCCAGGGUAGUGGGAAAGUGCGCUCCCCAAGAAUUUGCGGUGCAGGGGCCGCGGCCACCGCCUUCUGUCCGCAGGUGCUGCGAGCCGUAAGCGCCCCCCACCCGCGCUAUGGGCUCGGACGCCUGGGUGGGCCUUUGGCGGCCACACCGGCCCCGCGGCCCCAUCGCGGCGCACUACGGAGGCCCCGGGCCCAAAUACAAGCUGCCGCCCAACACCGGCUACGUCCUGCAUGACCCGUCGCGGCCGCGCGCCCCCGCCUUCACCUUCGGCGCGCGCUUCCCCACGCAGCAGACGACGUGCGGCCCCGGGCCAGGCCACCUGGUGCCCGCUCGCAUGACCGUGCGCGGCACCGACGGCGCCCCCGCCUACUCCAUCUACGGCCGCCCACGCCGCUCAGCGCCCUUCCUCACUCCGGGACCUGGCAGGUACUUCCCGGAGCGAGCGGGGAACGCGACGUACCCCAGUGCACCUCGGCACACCAUUGCUCCCCGAAACUGGGGUGUCCAGGCGGAGCAGCAGAGCCCAGGUCCCGCGGCCUAUACUGUGCCCUCGCUCUUGGGUCCGCGCGUCAUCGGCAAAGUCUCCGCCCCAACUUGCUCCAUCUACGGCCGCAGAGCGGCUGGCAGUUUCUUCGAGGACCUCAGCAAGACCCCGGGCCCCUGCGCCUACCAGGUCGUGAGUCCAGGGGUCUACAAGUCCCGGGCCCCCCAGUUCACGAUUCUGGCGCGGACUUCGCUCCCCCAAGACAACACUCGGAAGCCAGGGCCCGCGGCCUACAACGUGGAUCAGGUGGCCUGGAGCCCAGGGUCAAGGCACCGGAAGCCCCGCGGCUGGAGUUUCGGGAUCCGGCACUCGGACUACCUGGCCCCGCUGGUGACCGACGCGGACAACUGACCCGCCAGGCGGGAGCGGCCCCACACGUGUUUGCUUAAAGUCUGCGAGUCCGCA